AUGCUGUGCAUCUUCGAUCCAUUGAAGGCGGCUUUCCCUCAGGGCUUGAACUUGCCUUAUCAGGGAGUGGUCCCGGCGUCGUCUGUUCCUCAGACGGCAGCACAACCUUCAGAUUCCGCGAAUCCUGUGACGAGUGGAUCUCUUUGUCUGGCUUGGACUCGUGCUGUCCCGGCAAAAAGAGGGCCUAGGGCCGCGGAUCGUCGUGAUGAGGCGUACCGCCGGGUCCUCACAUUACUUCAUGCCUUUUCGAGUUUCUUCGACCUGUGUACUUUGAUGGCAGAUGACGAGGAGGACGGCCCGGAUUCUGUUCAGGCAGUUUUGGCAGGGAAAUCACCGAACACCAUCUUGAAACAUGUGGGUCCGGUUCGUACUUUUUGCGAGUGGCUUUUGAAAGCAAGUCAGACUCCGCCUUUUGCGGAAAAAGUCUUGUGGUCUUUCAUUCAUUGUGUCCUCAAGAUGCCUAAGACCGCGGCCACCACACUGGACAGUAGUCUGCGUGCUAUCAAGUGGAGUUAUUAUACCUUGGGACUACGUGUUCAAUUAGAGGUCUUCAGCAGUCCUCGAAUUCAUGGUGUGGUGAAGAAGGCGCUACAGACUAAAAACCCGUGGUGCCCGGCGUCACCCCUCAAGGUGUCCGAAGUUCUCCAGUUGCACGCGAUCUGUUGUGAUCGCGAUAUUUCCGUCAUUGAUAGAUGCGGGGCGGCACAUUUCCUUGCUAUGCUCUACGCGAGGGCGCGAGCAUCGGACAUCCGGUGUGUCAAAAGUAUCUUGAUAGACGUGCACAACGAAGACUGGAGUUCGGGCUUCAUUGAACUAGGGACGCUUGAACACAAGACGUCUAGGCUGGACACUCAACGACGCCGCAUACUGCCUCUGGUGAUUCCCGGCCAGGGUAUUGCUAAAACGCCUUUUGGUCAGCUCCUCCUGGACAUUAGGGCUGAGGCUGGCUUGCCUAACGAUCAGGCUGAUGUCCCAUUCUUGCCGGCACCUCUGCCGGAUGGGUCUUGGUCUUCAGACCCGUUGUCUAGCAGCGAGAUCACCAGGUGGCUGAGGUAUCUACUGCCACGCCAUCACGCGGAUGCAGCGACUGGUAGUGAUGCAGUUUAUGGGCGUGAGUUGCAGAGCGCAGCACUACGUGAGUACGUUGUCGUACUGGAUGCAGUGGCGACGGGUAAGUUCCUGCCGGACCAGACUCGUUCGGGUCACUUCUCAUCAGGCUGGACUCGGGAGUCCAUCCUGCAGGCGGCUGCUUUUCCACAGGACUCGGAAGUCCUGCAGGCGGCGGUGGAAGAUGACCAAGAUGAGGCUUUGGCUGUGGUUUCUGAUGUUUCAGACUCUGAUGAAGAAGCCCCGGAGGAACAAUCUUUCUGGGCUCAUCCGACUAGCCAGGUCCUGCAUCGCACGACUUUGGGGUCGGCAAUGUUUUUGUGUGGCCGAGCUUUUGGCGAUGAUUAUCGGCGCAUUCCUAUGGCUCGGGCGCAAGCGCACCCGCAAUGUGCCAAGUGUUUUCCACGGUACUUAGCCAUGACGAGUUCCGUAGAUUCGGCGCCUUUCUUUGUGCAGCGAGCGGAUGAAAUCUCGCUUGCCAAGCGAGUAGUGGAUGCCUUGAAAGGUAAAGGGGUCACCACUUUGGCCCAGCUGGCCUUUUGUGUCGGACAACCGGGACAGGUGCUAUCUCAGACUGAGUUUGACACGUGGAGCGAGGCCAUGUUGGUAGGCAUCACGGUGGGCGAGAAGGCGUCUCUGAGGCGCCUGAUCUUGGAAGCUCAGACCAUGCUAGAUGAGGUUCAGAACAUUAAGCCUUUGACCACCAGUCUUUCCUUGGAAGGCGGUAAGCUGAAGGUCACGGAGGCUGCUGGUAUGGAUGAUCGUGACAUUGAGGGCUCUUUGCAGGUAUUUGACCAGCCUGCUCAGCCUGGUUACAGGAAGGUGUCUCUUCGUCAGAUCUUGCGGGCUGACAAGCUUGCCUUUUCCAAGUUGUCGGAGGCAGGUGAGGAUAUCCGGGCAGAUGCUUCUGGCAUUCUCCCGCUCGAUGCCGCGAUCGGGGCUAUUCUUCACGAUUAUGACCUCAUUGUAGCUCUUCUGCCUAUGGGUGAUUUGGAUGGUAAGGGCAAGAAUGCUAACGGCCGUGGCGGGCGCCCGGGUCCUUACGGCGAUGCUGCGCCCUGGAAGGGGAAGAAUGGCAAAGGUAAGGGCGGUUGGAACUCCAAAGGCUCUGAUAAUUGGACAGGGAAAGGCAAGAACACCUGGCAAGCUAAGGGCAAGUCGCCUAAGGGCAAAGGCUCGGGGGCCGGCAAGCCGGAAUGGUUACCUGAGGGACUUCGCUUCCAGGGAGCCUCUGCAUGGAAUCAUAAAGGCAACAAGGUCUGUUACGGCUUCAACCUCGGAACUUGUUCGGAUGCAAACUGCCAGAAGGGCGAUCAUACUUGCUGCAUCUUCAAAUGCGGCGGUGACCACCCGGUGGGUGGUAUCUCUGUAGCUGAUGUCGCGGCCCCGGAUUCGCUACCUUUUGGAGUGGGAGUGGACCCUGCUUCUAAGAUGGUGGAUGUCGACGAUUCUCCGAUUUUGGUAGAACCUACAGUUUUGGAUCCCCCUACGAUGCCGAGUGCUUCGUCUGAGUCGUUUUCCUUGGAGCACGCAGGGAGCGAGGGGGCGCUCCCCUCACCUCUCGUGGCAUCGCAGGACAAUUCUCCAGCCCCUCAGAGUCAGGAGCCAAUCAGGGACAUUUUGCAGUGUUUUGCAGGCCAAGCUCGUGUGGCUUCAGCUUUGAUUAAGCAGGGCUAUUUUUCCUAUGGAGUGGACCGAUUCAAGCAGAAGGCGGCUAUGGCCCCAGUGCUUCAGAUGGACUUGUCGACGAGGGAGACUUGUGACUCUGUCCUAACAUGGCUUGACAAAGGCAAGAUUGCGGGUGUUAUGAUAUGUAUUCCUAAACAUGCCUCGGAACCUGUCACUACAGCUUUCAUUCUGGCCGUGAUGGCGGGCUGCUUAAGCAACAACCUGCCCCUGAUUCUUGAGGGUUCGGUGUCCUCCCCAUUUUGGGAGAGUUUGAAUCGCUUACCGUCAGCACAGCACCCUCCGCAUCAGGUGGAGGUGGAUUGGCGGUUUUGGGACUCACAUAGCAAACAGCGCAGCCUCGUGUUGUCUAAUAUGCCAGAAGUCCUCACUGUGCGCAGGGAGGCGGCACCUGUGGGACAUAAGGUGCAGCAGCGCUCGGAGGCGCAGACAGGCUAUCCGCCGGCUUUUGCCACGGCGGUAGCUGAGGUUUUCAUCGCAGGUUUGACUCAGCGACAGCUGCCGUGUCGUAGCCCGGCCUUGACUAACAAAUCGCUGCGAGUUUCGGUUAUGAAUCAGCCACGUGGGGCGAUGCCGGAAGUGGUGUCUGAGUGGAAGUUGGUGGUCUAUGUCCUUCUGCCACCGCAGGUCGAGGAUCCGUUUGGUGGGUCGAAGCGCCUUAAACAGGACUGGAAGGUUCCGCACGGCGCCCGUGUGCUGCCGGAGCUUAGGGCGCUCCCGCAGGAUUCCCAGCUUCUGUCGCGUACUCAGUCAGGGGGGCAAUUGAGCCCGCAACUUCAGCAGGAAAUGCAAAACUUGAAUGGAGCCUCAGUUUUGCGAGUGGGCAUCCCAUGGGAUCCCAUUGAAUUUAUCGCCAAAGCAGGUAAGACUGGACACCCAUACCAUAAGUUAUCCAAGUGCAACAAGGAUCUCAGAGACCUCGUUCACGACCUAGUACAUAAACCGGGAAUGGUUCGUUCUCAGAGGAAGAACUACAUCGAGAAGUGGGCCAGACGAGCCAAAGAAUUGGAACCAGAGGAAACCAAGCUGAAGGCACGUUUCCGCUUGCGGAUAACUCUUUCCACUUAA